AACAGCUGAUGUCGUGUGGAGGAAGGCACGCACAUGUGACUUUGGAGAGCGAAUUGAAUAAUAUAUUAGUUGUUGUCAAGAGAUUUAUUUGUCUCGACGCGUUUUUUUGUCGAUUUUGUAAUGGCAGCCAAAAAGUUGUUUUCUCUGGUGUUCGUCAGGAGAGACAAUCAAAUUUUGUUGGGAAAGAAAAAACGGGGCUUUGGCCAAGGAAAGUGGAACGGCUUCGGUGGAAAAGUCGAGCCCAACGAAACUCCUUUGGUAGGAGGCAUCCGCGAGCUAAGAGAGGAAUGCGGUCUGAUUGGGACGGAUUUGCGUACAAUAGGCCUCUUGCACUUUGAAUUCGAAGGCGAGCCCACCCUUAUGGAGGUUCACGUUUUCGAGACAUUCACGUUCGCGGGCGAACUUACAGAGUCUGAUGAAAUGCGACCACAAUGGUAUGACGUUAAAAACAUACCUUACGACAAGAUGUGGUUAGACGACAUUCAUUGGUAUCCCUACAUGCUGCGCAGCGAGCUUUUUAAGGGCUACUUUCUGUACAGAGGCACGGAUUUCAUCGUUAAGUACAAGAUCGAUAAAAUUGAAGGGAACGAGCUCAAGGGCGCUUGAGACGCUUGAACCUUUCGUAAAAUUUCGUGCUUAGUUCACCAUUCAACAAGUAUUUAGUAUUAGUAUAAAAAAAAAAAUUUCUUUUUUCUACAACACUUUCAUUUAUAAUUGUGUUUAUCACAUUUACUCGUGUAUAUAUAGUUACUGGAUCAGUUGGCAUCCUUAACAAACGUGUUGAAAAAAUGCUUUUUUAACGUUAAGAGUAUCUCAGUGUAGAUGGAAAAAAUGCUGCAACGAUGAAAAAAAAAGAUAAAAAAAGAUCAUUCUGACUUUUGCAUUAAAGAACCUUAUAAAAUCUGUGAGUACCUAUUUAUAAAUACGUAAUAAGUAAGGCUAGUUGCAAAAUGCUGCUUGUACUACGUUUUUCAAUAAUAAAUUAAAAAUGUUUAUAAAAAUA